AUGAGUCGUUCACGUAGUGUGGCUGUUUUGCCUUCCACCCUUCAGAAACAACAACAGUUUGGAUCAUCCUCUUCAUCAUCCUCUACUAGUACGUCGACUGAUCAUCAUCACUCGGGUCAUUCCGAAUCAUCAUCCUCUCAGAGCAACAACAACAGUCAUGGUACUCUUACCUCACCUCGUUCAUCCUCAUCGGGUGGUGGUGUUUCUAGACUCUUUGAAUGUUGCUUCUUUUUGAAAUAUCGUGAAAAUAGUGUUCUCACUGAUUUGGAAGUUGAUUAUCCGAAAGGUUAUUUUCAUCGAUUCAAUGUUCAACAAUACAUAUCAAAGCUAUCCGUUCUCAAUACGUAUUCCAAUGUCAUUCUUUAUAGAAUCAGUAAUAUCAAUUUAUACUGUAAAUAUAUCCCACGAGUGGGUAUAUUAGGCUUUAUUUCAAGGAGUCAACCCUAUUAUUCUUUAUUUAACCAAUUGAUAUUAAUCGUAUAUUCAAGAAUGAUAUUAUUACAUCAAAUGGGAGAACCAUUGAUGAGCAACAUUACUCCUUUUUUAGAGUACUUGUAUUACUUUCAACCCUACCCUAGAUUUGGAGAGAAGUUUCUCAUUCGAUUUGACACAAAAAAUAGUAUAUUGGACUCCUCUCAUUAUUUAAGAAGACCAGCCAUUGAUGAAUUUACACCGAAUGGUGAAAUUAAUUUAUUGAAAUUUAAACCAUUCAUUACCAACAAUGUCGAUGAUUUUGUAAUACUUUACAAGUAUUUGCUCCUAGACAAGUACAUUCUUUCAAAUUCGACAUUUAACUUUCAUGAAAACACUGUUGUUCCUUCCAAUGCUACCACCAAUGCUACGACCACGAACAGUGCCACCACCACCACCACCACCAAUGCUACCACUACUACCACCACCACCACUGCAUCAUCACUUUUACCCAUUAUUGCAACAACUUUGAAUCAUCCCAUCAAAAUUGUUGUCUAUACCAGAAAUUCUUCAAAUAUUUUAGAAGUCAUGAAUUUCAUAUUCUCUAUUCUAUCACUCAUGUAUCCAUUCAAAUACUGUGGAGAUAUCCUUCCAUACUGUGAUGAAAACAAAAUAUUAGAAAGUGUUCUUUCUAGUCGUCAUACAAGUUCCAUUGUUGGAUUUUUACAAAAAGAUUUCAACAUGGAAAAGUACCAUCAUGUUCAUCAUGUGAUACUAUUCAACAUGGAUGAAGGCAAAGUUGUGAGUCCUCAUGUUAAGGAACAUUGUCAUUCGUUUGUUUCACUUCCAAAAGAGAAUAGAAUGAAAUCCAUGCUUAGAAAUAACAUUUCCAAAUAUAACAGUAAUACAAGGAUUUUAGAAUUCUUUGUCAAAUGUAUGGCAAAUUGGUUUGGAAAUUAUAGAUAUCAUUUUAGAAUGAAUGGAUCAAUACUUGAAUUUGAUUAUGGGCAAUUCUUGAAAGACUAUGACUACUUUGCAGAAGGACCUGAAGCAUUUUAUCAUGCCAUUUCUAAUACUCUUUCAUUUAAGAUUUUUAUAGAAGAACGAACAAAAUUAGUGAAUGACUAUGCAACCUUCCAAAUUCAGAAAAUACAAUUUGGACCAUUUGAACAGGAGUGUUUCAAAAACAAUCCUAGAAUAUUCACCAAUGCAUCGACUCAAGUCAAUGUUUUAAUGGGAGGCUCAAAACCAGGUGAUGCAAGUUCUUCCACAGUGAAAACUUCAACGACCAACAAUAAGACGACUGCUUUGAAUUCGAGUGGUACGACGAACACAAUGAAUAGUACGACGACUACCACUACUAAUACCACCACCACUGCUACUACUGCCGCCACCACCAACACAACGACCACUUCUACAACAACUGCCAAUACUGCCACCACCACCACCACUGCAGGAAGUGCCAGCAGUACCUCUAGUGGAUUUUCACUCAAACAAUUAUUCUUUAAAAAAACAGCCUCUGGUCCUCCUGCUGUGGGAAGUGGUGUACCGACGAUCAACUCCACAACAACCACUUCAAGUACAACUACAAAUACAACAGCAGAUACAUAUUUUGAUGAAAAAUUACAUGGAAUGGAAAGAUCAUCAUUUUCUGAUGUUGAACCAAUGAUUUCGAGUUUUGGAACCAAAAUUGUGGGUGAAUUACAAUUCAGUAAGGAGAAUCAACUGGCAGUGUCUUUCUAUUGCAAAGAAAGUGAUGCUGUAAAACCUAAAUUUUCAUUUGAAGAAUUCCAUCAAAGUGUGAAACCACCAAAGAAGUAUCUCCCAUUGUCUGAGGAUGUACAGAAAAUACAAACAGAAACUAAUAACGGUACUCUCAGUACAAAUACAACAAAUCCUAAAUCAAAUUCAGAACUUGAUUUGAUCCUGAAUGAUGAAUAUCCAAGCGAUGGUGAAGAAGAAGCUUCAUCACCUGUACCAAAUGGACUUGAAAGUACUGAUGUGGAUGAUAUCAAUAAUGUUGACAACGAAGACCUACCCAUGCCACUCACGUCACAAACCAGCUCAUCAGCUGAUGACUUUUUCAAUUGA